AUGCGUACUCCGGCUCUCGUCCUCGCGCUUGCUCCGGCAGCGGCCUUUGGCCAGGCUGCUCUUUGGGGCCAAUGUGGCGGCCAGGGAUGGACUGGUGCUACCACUUGCGUCUCCGGUGCUGUGUGCCAAAAGUCCAAUGACUAUUACUCGCAGUGUGUUCCCAGCAGCGGUGGAAGCCAGCCCUCGCCCGAGCCGCAGCCGACCCAGCCGAGCAACCCUGGCGGCGGCAAUUCUGGCUCUGGCCUGGACGGCAAGAUCAAGAACAGGGGAAAGCUGUACUUUGGCACGUCGAUGGACCAUUACGACCUCAACAAGGCGCAGUUGACAAACAUUGUCAAGGCGCAGUUUGGUCAAAUCACCCACGAGAACAGCAUGAAGUGGGAUGCUAUUGAGCCCUCACGCAACUCAUUCUCAUGGACCAACGCCGAUGCCGUCGUCAACUUCGCCACGGCCAACGGCAAGGUCCUCCGCGGGCACACGCUCCUCUGGCACUCGCAGCUGCCGCAGUGGGUCAGCAACAUCAACGACCGCAACACGCUCACGCAGGUGAUCCAGAACCACGUCACGGCCAUGGUGACGCGCUACCGCGGCAAGAUCCUGCAGUGGGACGUGGUCAACGAGAUCUUUGCCGAGGACGGCAGCCUGCGCGACAGCGUCUUCAGCCGGGUGCUCGGCGAGGACUUUGUCGGCAUCGCCUUCCGCGCCGCCCGCGCCGCCGACCCCAACGCCAAGCUCUACAUCAACGACUACAACCUCGACAUUGCAAACUACGCAAAGGUCACCCGGGGCAUGGUCGAGAAGGUCAACAAGUGGGUCGCCCAGGGCAUCCCCAUCGACGGCAUCGGCUCGCAGGCCCACCUCGCCCAGCCCGGCGGCUGGAACCCGGCCUCGGGCGUCCCUGCUGCCCUCAGGGCCCUGGCUGCUGCCAAUGUCAAGGAGAUCGCCAUCACCGAGCUGGACAUUGCCGGAGCUGCUGCCAACGACUACGUCACCGUCGUCAACGCUUGUCUGCAGAUCUCCAAGUGUGUUGGUAUUACCGUCUGGGGUGUUUCCGACGCUAUCAGCUGGCGCGCCAACGAGAACCCGCUCCUGUACGACCGCAACUACCAGCCCAAGGCCGCCUACACCGCCGUCAUGAACGCUUUGUAA